AUGAUGCCAUCUCCCAAGGGGGAGGUCGUGAGCUUCAAUUUCUGGUAUCCGCCACCCACCUGGUUCCACGGAGAUUUGGCCAAAGGGCAAAUCACUUGGGACAGGCCGCUCUUCGGCGUUCGCCGAGUGCUUUACCAAAGAUGUGUGGAGGACAUAAGGGGGUGGCUGCUGUUGUACGCUAGAAACACCUCUUCACUGAGAACAAAGUGCAUCAAAGUGCACUAA